AUGUAUAAGGCAGACAUCCUGCCGACGCUGUUGUAUGGAGCGGAGACCUGGACGGUGCACAGGAAACAGGCGCAGACUCUAGCACUUCCACCUCAGCUGCCUUCGACAGAUAUCGAAGCUGAGGUGGCAGGACCGGAUCCCCGACACGCACUUACUGGAGCGGACGGGAAUCCUCAGCAUCCACGCCACGAUGAGACAACUACAACUGCGUUGGGCAACGGGCGACUACCCAGCCGACUCUUCUACGGAGAUGUCGCCAAGGGUUCCCGCCGACAAGGAGGCCAAGUCCGGCGAUACAAGGACACUGAUGACUUCCUUGAAGCGUCUGCAGAUCAACCCUGCAAACUGGGAAGACCUCACCAGAGACCAACCGACCAGGAGGACAGUGGAGACAGACGCAGCAAUUUACGAAGCCAACCGAGUCACUUUCACCAAAGCCAAACACGAGGCUCGGAAAUCCCAAUUGCGUCCACCUCGCAACACCAACGCUCAACCAGUCCGACCUGCCCACACUGUCAGCGGACGUUCCAGGCAACAAUCGGCCUGGUAUGA